CGAGGAGUGGUUGGCCGCGGUCCCUUACUUCGUGAAUCUUCCCGCCGCCAACUUCCCUCUCCCACCCCGCUUCGCGCCGGACCUUCGCCUCGGUUAGCAGGGUCCCGCUGCGACGUUGCUGCUGGUGGUGUCGUCCGGUGGUGUCCGUUCGUCUCCUCCGCUCGACCGCCCCCCCGACCGACCGACCGACCGACCCACCCCGCCAGCACUCCCGGCCGGCGCUACGAGACGGAGGAGCGGGCCGAAGAGGAGGAGGAGGAGGAGGCGGCGGCAGGAUGUGGGAGACGCUCCAGGGCUGGCUGCAGUACUGCGUGGAGUGGGCCGCCAAGGACCCGUACGGCUUCCUGUCGACGGUACUGCUGGCGCUGUCGCCCUUCUUCCUGGCCAGCGCCGCCCUCUCCUGGAAGCUCGCCAAGGCCAUCGAGGCGCGCGACCGCGACGCCAAGAAGAAGGCCAAGCGGCAGGAGAACGUGUUGCGCUCGCGCAACAAGGGACGCAAGGCCGAAUAGGCCCCGCGCCCCCAGCGGCCUCUGUGGCGGCCACGGGAGGUCUCCGGUGUUGGCCGCUGGGUGCGGCCUCACGGUGGCGAGCUACCGGCGAUAGUGUAGCGGCGGCGUCCGUGGCUUCCGCCUAACCUUCACCGGUCUUCCUGUGCCGCCGCCGCCGCCGUUGUUGUCACCACGUUGUUGUCACCACGUUGUUGUUGUCACCACGUUGUUGUUGUUGUCACCACGUUGUUGUUGUUGUCACCACGUUGUUGUUGUCACGUUACUUGGCGACGUACGGCGAUGUUCGCCGUAAGGCGGCGAUGGCGACGUAGGCGGCGGUGUUGGCAGAGGGAUGGUGACGGUGGUAGUUUAGCGGGGGUGGGGGGGUGUCAGAGUGUGCGUGGAGGAACGCGGAUCGGCCACGAUGUGUGUCUCGACGAAGAAUAAUGAGGGUGUGUUAGGCGGUUCCGACAAAAAUUAUGGGGGGAGGGAAGUAAUUUUCUUAAUGAAAUAAAUCUUGAGUAAGCCCAAUAACCCGGGACCAA